AUGUUGCUCCCAGCUAAAAGCCUACCCAACGAGUCUGCCAUCCCAGCGGUAUGGAUGCGCUCCGGCACGUCCAAGGGGUUGUUCCUGCGGCGCGAGCACCUCCCCGUUCACGAGGCAGAGUGGGAGCCCACCCUCCUGGCCCUCAUGGGGUCCACGAAGUCCCAGCAGUCAGGGGAGGAAGCACCGCAGACCGACGGUCUCGGCGGGGGAACGUCCACAACGUCCAAAGUAGCCAUCGUGGCGCGGUGCCCCCGGCCCGGCAUCGACUUGGAAUACAGCUUUGUCCAGGUGGACUUCCAGGCCGGCCGGGUGGAUCGCUCGGGGACAUGUGGGAAUAUGGUCGCUGGAGUGGGCCCAUUUGCGUGGGAUCAGGGGCUUCUCAGUGCAUCGUCAGGAUGGUCCUCCUCCUCCUCUUCUUCUUCUUCCUCUUCCUCCGCCCUGUCAACGACAGGGGACGGAGAGGAUGAAGCAGUCGCCCCGAGUAUUGAUGUCCGAGUCCUCGAUACGAAUACCGGCCAAAUCUUUCGUCUCACGAUGCCGAACCCCCACUACCGCCACCAACCUCCCCCUUCAUCCUUCCUGUCUACAUGGGAGAACAUAAAGGUGACGCUCAUGCGCCCUGCAGGCCGCCUGACGGGGUCACUAUUCCCCAAGCGGGGGAGCAGCAACAGCAGCAGCGAAGGGGAACGCACUACCGUGCUCGAGAUUCCCUGUGGCUGGACUAGCCAGCUCCUCCGCGUCCGCGCUACGCUGAUCGACUGCGGCAACCCCUUCGUGCUGGUGGUGGCGGCUGACAUGCCCGCACAGUACAAUGAGCAGCCGCAGGAUGCGCUCUCCAGCGAGGCAGCUCGCCGGACGGUGGAAACCCUCCGUCGAGCUGCCUCGCUCUGCUUCGGGCUGGCUACCAGCUGGGACGCGGCGGCUCGCCAGAGAACGAUCCCCAAGAUCGCAGUGGUGACAGCCGCGGCCCCAGAGACAGCUACAAGCACGGUGCAUGCGAGCGUUACUGCCUAUAGUCUGGGCGAGGUGCAUCCGACGAUCCAGCUCACCGGCGCAGUCGCGGUGGCGGCGGCCCUUACUGUGCCGGGCACGGUCCUUGCUGCGGCGUCAAUGGCCAAGGGGGAGAAUAAUAAUGGCUGCUCCUCAACAUCCACUCGGGCCUGGCGUAUUGCGCACCCCCGAGGUACGGUGGAGGUCGAGGUUGUCUUGUCGCACGGGGCGGAGGGGUACUGCAUUGAGAAAGGGCAUGAAGACAUGUCUUCUCGCGAACAACAUCACGCGGACUCUAGCGCCUACUGGCGUCGACUCAAGGUCUAG